GGAGUUUUUACUUUGUCAGAGUGAGCGCUCGCGCGGCGGAAACAGCAGAGCGCGACCAUGAAGCUGUGUGGAUCUUUCUUAGAGAAUGAGUAUCGGGGGGAGCUCCUGAACCAGCGCUGGACGCGAGGAGACAAGAUCAGCCGCUGCCGGCCCUCUCUUAGACCACACAGCCGACCAAUCACAAUGAGUUUGGAUAUUGAUGACAAGCGGACGCGCACACGGUCCAAGGGAGGAAGAACUCCCACUGAGAUUGUAGGACAGGAGCUGAGCUGUCCCACGCCAGGAUGCAAUGGUUCUGGCCAUAUCAGUGGCAAAUAUGCCCGACACAGAAGCACUCUGAGCUGCCCAGUGGCCAGAAAGAGGAGGCUGCAGGAGGAGGAGGUGGAGCAGCAGCAACCGGUCUCCAAGAGGAAGUCCCAUCCCCUGAAACUGGCGAUGGACGAAUGUUUUAACGCCGAGAGCGACGGCAGUGGUGAGGAGAUGGAGGUGAAGGAAGAGGAUGAGGAAGAAGACACAGAAACCCAGCAGCAGUGUCACGAUGAAAAGCCUCAGGAGGAAGAGGAGCAGAAACCUGAGAGCAACGACACAGAGGAGGCAGACGAGGCUGAUGAAGAGGAGUGCAUGAUUAUUGAGGCAUCCAGCACAGAGAAGCCUAAAGCUGCAGGAACCGAUGACCUCUCCAGCUACCAGCACAUAGUGGCCAACUCACUACUGCACCUCAGCAACCGUAAUAACCAUGCCACGUCUCCACGACAACAACAGCAGCAGUCGGUCACCAUGGAGGCACUGGAGGACAGCCCAACCAGAGAAGAAGAAGAGGAAGAAGAGGGAAGAGAGAAGGAGGUGGCCAAAACAACAGCUCAGAUGUCUCAGAUGAAUGGAGUGAAUGGGGAAACAGAGGAAGAGGAGGAAGAGAGGAUGCAGAAUGGAAGACAAGAAGAGUCAGAUCACCAGUACUUCACAGAGGAGAUCAACGUACAUCUGCGUGAGCAUCAUGAGAAGCCACAUAAGGAGGAACCAUACAAGGAGGAGUAUGAAGAUGAUGAAGUCGAAGAGCAAAAGACAGAACGGAACAGCCUUUUCAACCCCUCUGUGAUCACUGCAGCUCAGGGAUCCCACAUGAACGAAGACUACAUUACCCACAAACCCUCAUCCCCAGAGAACUACACUUCCAGCAAAGCCUCGGCAGCCCCCGUAUUCAUCGAGGUGCGGUCUGAGGGGUCAGAUAGGGACGACAAAGACGGAGAUGAUGAUGAAGAGGAGGACAAUGACAGUUUGUCCCAGCGCUCAACGGUGGCGGAUGAGUCAGAGAUGUAUGAUAUGAUGCGGGGCAACCUGGGCCUACUGGAGCAGGCCAUCGCUCUUAAAGCCCAGCAGGUCAAAGGUCACCGAGAAUUCCCGCACACUCCUGAACACCAUCGCUACUUCCACCUAGAUGACCGGCCCAUCAAACACAUGGAGCAACUGCGCAAGAGCUACUACGGCAAAGAGAGUUCCAGACCGGAGAAGAGAGAGAACAAAUGCCCCACCCCUGGCUGUGACGGCACGGGUCACGUGACCGGGCUGUACCCUCACCACCGCAGUUUGUCAGGCUGCCCUCACAAAGACAGGAUCCCACCAGAGAUCCUGGCCAUGCAUGAGAAUGUUCUGAAGUGCCCCACUCCCGGCUGCACAGGACAGGGCCACGUCAACAGCAACCGCAACACACACCGCAGUUUGUCAGGAUGUCCAAUUGCCGCCGCCGAGAAGCUGUCCAAGAGCCACGACAAGCAGCACCUAAGCCAGCCCAUGAGCGAGCAGCCCAAAGGCAGCCCCAACUCCGACAGAGUGCUCAGACCUAUGUGUUUUGUGAAGCAGCUGGAGGUGCCGCAGUUUGGCAGCUACAGGGCCAGUCUGGUGCCCAGCACCCCACGUGCUAACCUGGCUAAGGAGCUGGAGAAGUACUCCAAGGUCUCCUUCGAUUAUGCAAGCUUCGACGUGCAGGUGUUCGGCAAGCGCAUGCUCGCCCCAAAGAUGCACACCAGCGAAACCUCACCCAAAGCCUUCAAAUCCAAACCUCCAUUCCCUAGAACGGCUCCCCCAAGUCCCAGCAUGCAGAGCCCCUAUGGGAAAAGCUCGUCCAGCGUCCAUGACUACUCCCAUGAUGCCGAGGCUGCACACAUGGCUGCCACGGCCAUUCUCAACCUGUCCACUCGCUGCUGGGAGAGACCAGAGAACCUUAGCACCAAACACCAGGACAAGAACAUGGAUAUAGAGGUGGACGAGAACGGUACUCUGGAUUUGAGUAUGAAGAAGCCCAUAAAGAGAGAGGGAGGCCUGCUGAGCACGAGCCCGGGGGUCCGCUCCCCUGACCUCUCUUCAUCAUCCUCGUCCUCCCUGCACCAUGGCAGCAGUGGCAUUUCACCCCACUUACAGGUCUACAAGCAGGAGGAGUGGGAGGGGCCUCUGGACUACACCAAACCCAAUCGGCAGAGGGAGGAGGAACUAGAGGAGAUGGAUCACACAGCCCAGUCGUUCGCCUCCUCUGACCCUGAGGACUGUGACAUGGGGCAGGACUGCCCAGAGGACAGGAAGUACCCUGGGGAGGUAACCACACCCAACUUCAAGGUCAAAUUCCAGCCCAAGGAGUGCAAGAAAGAACUCCUCAUGUGUCCCACUCCUGGCUGUGACGGCAGUGGCCACAUCACUGGAAACUAUGCAUCCCACCGCAGCCUGUCUGGGUGUCCUCUUGCUGAUAAGAGUCUUCGGUCCCUCAUGGCAGCACACACGGCUGAACUCAAGUGUCCCACCCCAGGCUGUGAUGGUUCGGGCCACAUCACUGGCAACUACGCCUCUCACCGAAGUUUGUCUGGGUGCCCCCGUGCCAAGAAAGGCGGAAUAAAAACGACCCCCACCAAGGACGACAAGGAGGACUCCGAGCUUUUAAAGUGUCCAGUGCCAGGUUGUGACAGUCUGGGUCAUAUCAGUGGGAAGUAUGCAACUCACCGCAGUGCGUAUGGGUGCCCGCUGGCUGCCCGCCGUCAGAAGGAGGGGCUGCUGAACGGGACGCCUUUCUCCUGGAAGGCCUUCAAAACGGAGGGACCCACCUGCCCCACGCCGGGCUGCGACGGAUCAGGCCACGCCAACGGCAGCUUCCUCACCCACCGAAGUCUUUCUGGCUGUCCCCGGGCCUCCCUGGCUAAGAAGAAAGCCAAGUUUCCUGGAGAGGAGUAUCUCAGCUCGAAGUUCAGGGCCAGUGAUGUGCUGGAUAAUGAUGAGGACAUCAAGCAACUCAAUAAAGAAAUCACUGAGCUCAGUGAGUCCAACAAUGAGAUGGAAGCUGAUAUGGCCAACCUGCAGACACAGAUCUCGUCCAUGGAGAGGAACCUGAAGAACAUUGAGCAGGAGAAUAAGAUCAUUGAAGAGCAGAACGAAGCUCUGUUUAUGGAGCUGUCAGGACUCAGCCAAGCCCUUAUACGCAGCCUGGCCAACAUCCGCCUGCCCCACAUGCAGGAGCCAAUCACAGAGCAGAACUUUGAAAGCUACGUGAGCACUCUGACUGACAUGUACACCAAUAAGGACUGCUACCAGAAUCCAGAGAACAAGGCCCUGCUGGAGACCAUCAACCAGGCUGUGAAAGGUAUUAAGGUGUGACUCCUGCCUGCGGGAUCGCCCCCCGGAGGCGCGGAAGAUAAACGACGUGUGUAGAGCCGAAGAAGAGCGUGCGUUAGAAGUCACACUCACAUAAAAAAAAAGGGCAUUCAGGUUUUUUUUGUUUGUUUGUUUGUUUUGAACAACAACAGCCUUCAUCCCAGGGAGAAUUCUGUGUUGAGAGAAAAAAAUAGAAAGAUAUAAUAUAUAUACAUAUUAAUAUAAGGACUAAAAUCCACAAAACAAGCUGCUGGAUUGGAAGUGGAGGAUAACAGAACCAAAUCCUUCAGAAAAAGACCUGUUU